AUGAAAGUAACGUGGAUUUUUGGGUUUCUGCUAGUCCUUGUGGCUUUCACAGUAGCCCAAAGGGCUCCCGCAUUGACAGAAGACCAACAGGCAAACUUGGAGGAUUUACUCUCCGUCGAUGAGCAAGGACACGAAAAUGUUGCUGAUCGCACUGCAAGGCAGUGGGGCGGCGGACGUGGCGGCGGUGGAGGUGGACGCGGAUGGGGCGGUGGAGGUGGACGCGGAUGGGGCGGUGGCGGUGGAUGGGGCGGUGGCGGUGGAUGGGGAGGCGGUGGAGGUGGACGCGGAUGGGGCGGUGGCGGUGGAUGGGGAGGCGGUGGUUGGGGUAGACGUGGAUGA